CUCUUUCAAUUGUAAACUUUAUAGUCGUUUUCAUUUCAGCCUGUGCUAUACAGUUCACGGGACUAUCACCUGAAAAUUUUGCUUACAUUUUAGUCAGUACAAUAUUUGGAUCCAUGUCUAAUCUCUUAGUGUUAUCUGUUCCUCCAUUCUUAGCAGCGACAUGGUUCCCAGCAAAUGAGCUUUCUAGAGCAUGUGCUGCUGGAGUAUUUGGGAAUCAGUUGGGUGUUGCUGCCGGCUGUCUAUUUUCUCCCUUGAUGACUUCUAACAAUUGUUCAGAUAAAGCUUUGAUACAGGAAGAAAAAACUACAAUUACCACUAUUCUUACAUCCGUCAAUGUUUUUUGGCUUUUUUUAGUAGUCUUCACAUUCCAGGACUCACCUAAAUAUCCACCCAAUCUGCAUCAGGUAAAAAAACAAGUGACACAUUCACACCUCAAAACAGUGAUUGGAAUGUUCAAAAGUCUGAACUUUAUUAUGCUCUUUGAUAGUUUUUAUAAAUUCAUUCCAAUUGUAUUCUUUUUUCUUUCAGGACUAAUGGUUGGAACCUGUUUUGCUAUCACUACUGUAUUAAACAAUUUAGUUCUGCGAUAUUUUCCUCAUCGAGAACUUGAAAUUGGUUGGAUGGGGUCACUUUUUAUUGUCGCAGGACUCAUAGGGUCAAUGAUUGCCGGAACUAUUCUUGAUUAUACCCAUAAAUUUAAAGAAACAGCUUUAUGCAUUUGCGUCGCUAGCUUGAUUACUUUGAUUAUUUUUUGUUCUCUACUAGCCAUCAAACAACUCUGGGUGACGUUUCUUACUAUCAUAAUAUGUGGAUUUUUCCUGACCAGUUUUCUACCAGUUGGUUUAGAAUAUGGAAUUGAAUUAACAUUUCCAGAACCCGAAGUAAUCAGUGCAUCAUUGCUUAACUCAGCUACAAUGAUAUUUGGAUUUAUAUUGACCACAAUUACAUCAAGUCUACUGGAAAACUUUGGCCAAGUGUAUUCAAAUAUUGCUUUGGCUAUUUAUUUGCUUAUCAGCCUCAUAAUUACCGCGUUCCUCACAUCAGAAUAUAAAAGGAGUAAAAACCAUACAAAAGAGGAGACUCAUCAACCUCAUAUUUCAGAAGAAAAUGUUGAAAGAACAGUUUUCUGAAUUUUAAAAGCCUUAAUUGUUUAAUUUUGCUAACUCCACGUUCGACUCCAAGAAUUAAAUAGCUUGUAACUCAGCAAGUGAUUGAUUCGGUUACUUUUCAUGUUCGAUGUUUGAUUGACUCGGCAUUUUACCAUAAGUAUCAAGUUACUUGAAACUCAUCAAGUGUUUAAAUCGGUUAUUUUCAUGUCCGAUGGCUGAGCAAAGAUCAGUUUAUACAAUCAAAAUCUUGGACGAAAUUGAUUGAAAUUGUUGGAAACUUGUUUUGUUUGUAGCUUGAAUCGUGUAAACUAUCGUCCAAGUUCUUAGCUCAAGCCCUUGGAUGAUAGUAGAGCAUGUUCUACUUUCCAUCCAAGUUAUUCCUACCAUAACCAAUCAAGUAUUGUGGACUCAACAAGCAGACAUCAUAUUAUGCCAUUUUGUGGUCCAUUUUCAUAUAUUUUAAUCCAAAUUAAUCUGUUUGGGUAUAUUUGAAUUAGUAUAAUUUUAUUUGAAUUUAUUUAGUAACUUCGAAUUUUUGUAAGCACGAUUUUAUAAUGCUUAGUAUAAACAAUACGCAUGCGCAGGUUUUUCAUCCGACCAAUGAAUGACAUUCAAGAACUUGGAUAGUGACGACGAUUCAUCCGAUUUCUUGGAGAGAGAAAUUCCUCCAAGAACUUAGUAUAAACAGGCCUUAACUCAGCGUUUCCCCACAAGCAUAAGUAACAAACAAUUUACCAAUGUUCAUCAAUUGAUGAAUUGCUGAAUUGGCUAAAUGGUGAAUGUUCACCAAUUGAUCACCAAUCAAAUGGGUUUUUUUAUGUCUUCGAUUUAACUUCCUUACAUGCAUGUAAAUUGCUAAAUAAUAAAUUGAAAUAUCAGCGCACUCUCUCAUUUAUUCAUCGAUGAAUGAAAGGAUUGUGACAAUAUCGUGAUCAACUAAUUUCCCCAAAAAAUUACAUUCUUCCAUCAGCCUGUUUCUUACUAUUGUUUCUGAAAAGAGAUGCAUUUCUUGAAAUGUCUAAAAUAUCUAUUAUAUGGCAGUACUAUACACCGAAAUAUUAUUCCGUCCUAUAUUCCUGCCUUAUAUUUUUUUCCAGUUAUUUCGCAGUUUCAAUUUCACGAGUACGUGCAGUCAACUGCUUUAAGAGAAAACUCACAUUGGUGGAAUUUAUGUGGCAAGCCAGAGACCACAAUCUUACACUAAUCGCAAUGCCCUGUCCAGCCACUCGUCUUUUGAGUGAUUUGGAGGAGGGGUGUAGAACACAGGUGUAAGAAUGAAAACUAUGUGUAACCGGAAAUGGAAAUCGUAGCUUUUCACCGAAAACGUUUUCGUGGACACUUUGAAAAUAGUUGCCAAGUUUUAUAACUUGCUAUGUCCUUGAAAUGUAUGAUGUUUUUGAAGGAUUAAUAAACUCUCAUACUACUAAAUA